AUGAAUCUUAAUGUAUCAAAAAGUACUAUUAAUCGUAUUGCUAACAAACUUGGAAAAGAGUGUCGGUUAGGUUUAUUAAAUAAUCAGAAACCAAAAUUUUAUCGUCAACGCCAUGUAGCAACACCUGCAACUGUUCGUUGUAUUACGUCAUAUAUAAGUAAAGAAAAUCCUCCAACAAUCUCGUUAAUGGCUGCAAGAUGUGAUAUUAGUGUUAGUACUGCUGUUAGUAUUAUUCGUGAUAUUAUCGAUGCAAAAUAUGGUAAAAGAAAGGCCGGUACAUCGUUUAUAUCCAGCUAUCAUUGA